AUGUACCACGAGCUGGUCACCGCAACGAGUAACUUCGCCGAGGAGGAGAAGCUCGGGCGAGGCGGCUUCGGGAGCGUUUACCGGGGUCACCUCACGCUCACACCCGUAGCUGCUGUCGGUGGUGACCAAGACCGCCGUGCGGUGGCGGUGAAGGUCUUGUCAGCGGAGUCGUCGGCGCAAGGGAUGAAGGAGUUCAAGGCAGAGGUGAGGAUCAUCAGCAGACUGAAGCAUCGCAACCUUGUGCAGCUGCUGGGUUGGUGCGACAGCCGCAAGGGGCUCCUCCUUGUCUACGAGCUCGUCGCGGAGAGCAGCCUCGACAAGCACCUCUACAGCAAGGACGGCACGUAUCUAACAUGGCCACAGAGGUACAACAUCAUCCUCGGUCUGGGGUCGGCGCUGCGCUACCUCCACGGAGAGUGGGAGCAAUGCAUCGUCCACGGCGACAUCAAACCGAGCAACAUCAUGCUCGACUCAUCGCUCAGCACCAAGCUCGGGGACUUCGGGUUGGCCCGGCUCAUUGACCACGGCGCCGGGUCAAUGCAGACCACCAAGGCCGUGCUAGGCACCGUCGGGUACAUCGACCCAGAGUUCGUCAACACGCGCCGCCCUAGCACCAAGUCGGAUGUCUACAGUUUCGGCAUCGUCCUCCUAGAGACCACCUCUGGCCGGCGGCCGGUGAUCAAGACCGCGGAGAGGUCCUUCACGCUGCUCAGCUGGGUUUGGAGCCUGUAUGGGAGGAAUGCGAUCCUUGACGCGGCGGACGAGCGGUUGAGGGGUGACGAGGCGGAUGCUCGAUGGAUGGAGCGGGUGCUCGUCGUCGGGCUCUGGUGUGCACACCCAGACCAGGGCGAGCGGCCGUCCAUCGCGCAGGCCAUGCACGUCCUGCAGUCCGACGAGGUGAGGCUACCGGCGCUGCCGCUGCACAUGUACAGGACCGUGCCGGAUCCCGCGUCGUCUGGACCGUACGGGUCUUUCUCCGUUGACAGCUUGGGUUCCAGUUGCGUUCGCUCUUCUUCGGUCAGCAUCGGCAACAUCACCCAUUUCUCUGAACGAAAAUUCUAG